AAGGAUUUCUCAGACAGCUCAAGUAUUAGCCUAAAUGAACUUGUGGAGAGCAGGUCAGUCCUCUGGAGUCAAGUCUGAAGUUUUCUGCUUUUGCUCUGUUACUUUAAAGUGAUAGUGAUAUUUAGAUAUAUUUAUUCAUGGUCACUUCUGUAAUUCCAUGUCUAUAUUCAGGGCAUUUUUACUGGUGUUAAAGACAUUUUAGAUUAUAGGCUGCUGCGGGUGUGAAGACUUAUUUUCCUUCCAAGUGUGCUCAUUUGAAUUCAAGCAGAAGAAUGGGAGAGGAUAAGCGGGCCUCGCAGCACAGUUGCGCACAGGAUGCGGUGAAUAAUGGUCCACAUUUGGGUACAGGGGGUCCAGAUGCCGCGGAGCAAAUUGAAUGCAGCAGCAUCCCAAACGGUGACAGCGGCUCUGCGGCCACUACGCGUCUAUACAAGAGGCGCUGGGUGAUUGUGUUCCUGUUCAGCGCGUAUUCCCUGAGCAACGCGUACCAAUGGAUCCAGUACGGCAUCAUCAGCAACAUCAUGAUAAAGUUCUACAAGGUGGAAGCCUUUGCCAUCGACUGGCUGUCCAUGAUCUACAUGCUCACCUACAUCCCCUUCAUCUUCCCGGUCACCUGGCUCCUGGAUAAGAAAGGGCUGCGGGUCACAGCGCUGCUCGCCAACACGUUUAACUGCGUCGGGACAUGGAUCAAGGUAGCCAGUGCCAAACCCAAUCUGUUUGGGGUGACCAUGCUGGGACAGUUUGCAAGUUCCCUCGCCCAGGUCUUCAUCCUCGGGAUGCCCGCGCGCCUGGCGUCGGUGUGGUUCGGCGUGGAUGAGGUUUCCACCGCUUGCUCCAUUGGAGUGUUUGGGAAUCAGAUGGGUAUCGCCAUUGGGUUCCUGCUCCCACCCAUCCUUGUGCCUAAUGUGGACGAUAUGGAUGAGCUGGCGUAUCACAUUAGAGUCAUGUUCUACAUCAGCGCAGGAGUGGCCACCUUCAUCUUCCUCCUCGUGGUCAUUGUUUUUCAGGAGAAACCAGAAAUCCCUCCCACCCAAGCCCAGGCUCAGGCCAGGAACAUCCCCCCUGAGCAGUACUCGUACACGGCUUCUGUCUUGAGGCUGCUGCGCAACAAGCCCUUCAUGCUCCUGGUGGUCAGCUAUGGGCUGAACGUCGGCUGCUUCUAUUCUAUUUCCACACUGCUGAAUCGGAUGAUUAUUGAGCAUUAUCCUGGUGAAGAGGUGAACGCUGGGAGAAUCGGUCUGACUAUUGUCAUUGCUGGCAUGGCGGGCUCCCUCAUAUGUGGCAUUUGGCUGGAUAAGACCAAAACAUACAAACAAACCACCUUGGCCGUAUAUCUCCUCUCUUUGAUCGGGAUGCUGGUCUACACCUUCACCCUCAACCUGGGUCACCUGUGGGUGGUGUUUAUCACAGCAGGAGUCUUAGGCUUUUUCAUGACAGGAUAUCUGCCUCUGGGCUUUGAGUUUGCAGUCGAGCUCACCUAUCCAGAGUCAGAGGGAACCUCGUCUGGGCUGCUCAACUGCUCGGCUCAGAUCUUUGGAAUCAUUUUCACCAUCUCCCAGGGGAAGAUUAUCGACAAAUGGGGCACUUUUGCGGGAAACAUCUUCCUGUGUAUCUUUCUGCUAAUAGGAUCAGCACUGACAGGAUUCAUCAAGUCCGACCUGCGACGGCAGAAGGCCAACCUCCAACAGAGCGAGGUGCAGACAGUGAGUCCUACAGGCUCAGUGGCAUCGGCGCAGGACUACGGGGCCACAGCAUGCAGGGCCCACUGGCAACGGCAGUCUUGACAUAAACCCACAACCUCACUAAAAACCAAAACACACACCUGCCAAGAAAGGGAAAGCUGAUGUAGAAGGAGGCGUCUCUCCACCUGAGCUCCUGAAGGAGAGGAAGUUAUAAGAGUGGACUCUGUCAAAGACACUGUGUACAGACAAAAACACAAACACUGACACUAUCAAUGUGUAUAAACACGCACACAUGGCCACGGACAAAAAAAAAAAAAAAAAAAAGCUGCGGUGAAUAGUGAGCACAUGGAGAGUGGAUCAAACUGAGCAGCCCUCAGAAAGGCUUUAAAACCAGCAGACAUUUGAUGUACUGUGACUGUAAGGACCUCACACUCCCUACAUCCAACGCCCCAACAUCAGAGAUUUACACUAAUAUCCCAAGUGCAACUUAGCUCGUCCCACACUGCGCACAGAUCAGAUCAUGCACAAGAGAAAUGCACUUGGAACCUCAGUGGUUUUUACACCUCGAGACAAAAUCUUUGUGAACAUUAAUUUUAUCUAAUGUAUGUAUUUUACCUGUCAGUGCAAUGCAACUGCCUCUUAGUGACUCCAACAUGACUACACUCUUUAACUGACCGUCCCCCUCUGAUCUGUGUUAUUUUAGUGUUCUAUGCAUCUAAUGAGCAAUAUUUAAACUGUGACUGUCACCUGAUAUUGGACCAACAUUGUGUGUAACUGAACUCAGUCUUUACAUCGCUGAAGGCAUUAACUUGAGUGUUAAAUGCAGAUGUUGGACUGUUGUGUUUUCCUGUCAUGGCAGUCAGACUCCCCAGGAUCACACAGUCUCACUCCUGCAUACUGCUGAUUACAAAUAUGAUUGAUGCUGUGCAUCUGCAUACACUUUGGGAGGUCAGUUCUGUCCUCGUUUUACUGUAAGUGAUCUCAACAAGACAACUGGUGAUGAGUAUCUGGAUUAACGUGCGAGAGCGCCUGGAGCAUGAAGGAUGUCAUCACAGCACAAAACACGACGGAAGACAAAUCAGUCUACUGCAGUUGUCAUUUUGCACAAGGAAAUGUUUUUACGUGUUAAACUACUUAGCUUGUAAAGUUGUUACAGAGAAAUGUAGUUCAUGCUGUUUGUACAGUUUGUCAUCGACAUGUUUUACUUGAUGUGUUGUGCAGAUUUGUCCAGUGAUUUUCCUGUUUUAUGAUGAAUGUUAUGUGAUUUUUAGAGAUGCUAGUUAUUUUUACAGUGGUAUUUCUAGGAUAUUUUGUAGUGCUGUGAAAAACAAUACACCCCUAGAGACUGGAUACUCGGUGUAGUGUUUUCUAUGACACUAAGUAUAUGAACCACAGUAAAAACAAAUUAAUAGAUGUAUAAGAGGAUUCAAAGGACUUUAUUUUGUUCUCUAUAUAGAAUUGUAUAACCUCAAGGAAAAAAAUUGUCACUGUAUAUAUCUUUGGAUAUAAAAAGGACGACAUUUGAAUUUAUAUUUUUGUACCUUAAAAAACCUCACAAAGCAGUGUGCUUAAGUUUAAUGCAUCUCCUAUCCUAAACUGGAAAAUCCAGAGCUAAAAAGUCACAUCAGCAGAAAAGAACGUCUCAUUUAAAUCUAAAUAUGAGAUCUGAGCAGCACAAAAUAUCAAAUAUAGAGUUGUUCCAAUACCAAUGCCAGUAUCUUUAAUGCCUC